ACGUUAUCUCGAACGCGCGAUUCCAGCUUUGUAUCUGCGAGGCCCGAAAGAUGGACUCACACAACGGUCCAAAGAACACUUCUGUGACCGCAGACGACAUCGAAAUCUUGCGCUACGACAAUCGCUACCGCGAGCAGGCGCUGGAAGUGCUCAGGAAAUCGUUUUUCCUGCACGAAAUCGUGUGCAUUGGCGCGGAAGUGGAUCGGACACCGCAGGCCCAAACAGAUCUCGAGCAGCUAUGCCUGGACGUGGCCGACGGCGGGGUUUCGCUGAUUGCAAGGCAUAAACCGACCGAUACUAUCGUUGGCGUGUCCUUCAACGUAUUGCAGACUCCGAGUGGACCGGAUGAUAACUACUUUGAGCAGUUCCGUGAUACCAAAUGUACGACGGACAGCUCGCGCUCGCUGAUGCAGUACAUGAUCACGAUGGACGCCAAAAUAAAUUUAUUUGAGCGGUUCAACGUAAAGUGUUUACUGGAGAUCAUGUUUUUGGCCACGCUGCCGGCCUGCGAAGGCCACGGCAUAGGAACGCGACUCGUCGAGCAGUCGGUUGCGUUGGCGCAGCGCUUGCGAUCCGGGGCUGAGCUAUCGGCCGAUGGCGGCGACAGGAGACCCGAGCUGGUGUCGGCCCUGUUCACGUCGAGAAUCUCGCAGCGGGUCGGCGAGAAGAACGGAUUCGCGGUCGUAAAUCAGGUGCCACAUUCCGAGUUUGUGUUCCGUGGGAAAACGUUUACCGAACGGGCCGGGCCCGAGCACCCAUUUUCGACGCUGGUCGUGAAGCACCUUUGAGGCACCGAGUCAACGAACAUUCUGAACGCACGACAGAGCGAGUUUUCUUUUUAGUAUUUGAAAUACAUUCGAUUGCAUCCGUGUGUCAUCCACGUGACCAACUAAGGUGCGUAACGGCAGAGU